CCAAACUAGUUGAUCUACCUUCGAUAGUCAGCAUGCCGGCUAUGCUCAUCUCUAACACUGACUGACUGAACAACAAAAUAUAAGCGAAAAAGGAAACCAGUAGAAAAAAAACAACUUAAUUAAUUCGGUUCCUGUAAGUAGAGUAGGCAACUUCAUCAUGGACAUCCUUCUGGCCAAUGUGAAUGGCCUACACUUCAAGGCGGAACGAGAUCUCAUGGAGCAGGUUGGAGCCAUUCCGCUGCCUUUUUAUGGCAUGGACAAGUCUAUUGCCGCCGUCUGCAACUUCAUCACUAAGAAUGGCCAGGAGUGUGACAAGGGCAGCGCCUGCCCGUUUCGACACAUACGCGGAGAUCGCACCAUAGUAUGCAAGCAUUGGCUGCGUGGUCUCUGCAAGAAGGGUGAUCAAUGUGAAUUUCUCCACGAAUUCGACAUGACUAAAAUGCCAGAAUGCUACUUUUAUUCUCGUUUUAACGCCUGUCACAACAAGGAGUGCCCCUUCCUGCACAUCGAUCCCCAGAGUAAAGUGAAAGAUUGCCCAUGGUAUAAACGAGGAUUCUGCCGACACGGACCCCAUUGUCGGCAUCAGCAUUUACGUCGUGUACUCUGCAUGAACUAUCUGGCCGGUUUCUGUCCUGACGGACCCAACUGCAAGCACAUGCAUCCCCGAUUUGAGUUGCCGCCUCUAGCUGACCUAAGCAAAGAUCAACUUCACAAAAAGCUGCCCACCUGUCACUAUUGCGGCGAACUGGGGCACAAGGCGAAUGCGUGCAAGCAAUAUGCUGGCAGCCUGGAGAACCGUAACAACAUCAAUGCUAUGGAUCACAGUGGUGGCGGAAGACCAGGCAUUCCUGGAGGUGAUGGCAAUGGUCCCGAAGAUGGUAGCGGUGGUGGUCCUAAUCAUCCAUAUGUUAAAGGUCCCACACCUCUGGAGGAGAUCACCUGCUAUAAGUGCGGCCAUAAGGGUCACUAUGCCAACAAGUGUCCUAAAGGCCAUUUGGCCUUCCUCUCCAAUCAACAUAGUCAUAAAUAGUGCCUAAGCUGAGCCCGCACAUCGAUAUGUUUUUUGUAAAUCUUAAGAAUAUUUUGGUCAACAGAGAUGUUUUCUCAUACGUUAUCUGAUUAGAGGAUAAUAUAUCUUCCAUAAAUUAUCUAGAAUUACUUUCGAAUGUUUUAUAACAAGAUGUAAACAAAAAGAAAAAAAAAAAACAAAACAA